GUAAGGCCCAAAGCCAUGUGGUGAGUAAUGGGUAAUAGGUAUAUGAUAUGUCGUGUCCUCCGGGACCGGGCGUCGAGCAAGGGGGUGCUACAAGACAAAAGAGUAGCGAUCGACGCAGAACGAUGGCAGCAAUGGAAGGAGGAGUGAAUGAACGUGAAGAAGAGUACGUGUAUAGAAUCAGCACUGUCGAAGAGUGGGAGGCGCUUCAGAAAACUGGCACUACUUUCGGUGGAGAUCUUGACAAGUCCACUGGUUGUAUCCAUCUCAGCAAGCUCCAUCAGGUAGAGUCAACUUUGCAAAAUUUUUUCCUGAACACUAAGAGCGAUCUCUACUUGCUCAAAUUUGAUGCUAAAAAGCUCGGGGAUGGAUUGGUUUAUGAAGCUGUGGAUAACUCCAAUGUGUUUCCCCAUUUCUAUGGGCCAUCUCACAGUUUCAGUCCUCUUCCCUUGGAUGCAGUUGUAAAAGCAGAGAAGCUAGUUCUAUCAGCUGGUAAAUUUAGUUGUAGCUUGCUAAAUUAAAUAUGUACACUCUGGUUGUUUCAGAGUUGGCCUUAACUGCGCCGGUGUUUUGCUAUCUAGUGGUUCUCCAAUUUGGGAAACUUGUGAUUUUUUGUUCAUUGUGUUGUUCAAUAUGACCCCACGCUUAUCAAAGAUUCCAUGAAGCAGUUGCUUAUCUUUUGCCAAUUAUGAUGUCAAGGUCUAUCGAAGCUUCUUUCAGUUGUCGACUGUUACAUUCUGACUUAGCAAUAUAGCAGUUGGAUUUGUUAUGGAAAUGAAAUCGAUCAAUCAC